CAGAUUAAUGAAUUCUAUAAGACGUUCCAAUUGAAUAAUUGACAAAUCAGACAGAUCACCAAAGUACGUCGUUCCAAGCGGUCAAAAACUGGCCUGCUCCAAAGUAGGACAAUCGUAGUAAUAGUCUCUUCUUUAUCCUCGUUUUGACAACUUCUGCAGUAAUCGUUGAACGGAAGACCAAUGCGUCUAACAUGGUUACCAAAUUUACAUUGGUCAGUGAUAACCGAUAUCAGCCUACUUAGACCAAGAAGCUAUUUAGACCUGUGUGGAUUCAUUUGUGGUCACAACGCUUUAGAUGGGACCAUUUGUCGGGAGCAAUGCAGAGACAGUAUUCAGUGAUCUACUUCUAUAUUGCAAGUAUUUCCAGUCUGCUAAGCAUGGUGUCAGCUCUUGCCAAGGGUCAGCAAUUCUAUAGCCAUAGAAAAUCCCGUGUCUCUUUACCCAAAUUGGGCUCUCGCCAUCUCAUUGACAGAGAAUUUAGGAUGCGGAAAACACACUAAUAAGGGAUUUAAUAGCAGCUUGAAUAUGGAAAAGAAAAUCGUACUUAAGGGAAUUUCUGGUAAAUUUCAAUCGGGUCAAUUAACAGCGAUUAUGGGUCCUUCAGGGGCUGGCAAAUCUAGUUUAAUGAAUAUAUUAACGGGAUUUACGAAAAUUGGUGUUACUGGCACAAUUAAUUUCGGCAAUGCACCCAAGGCCCGAAAAUUAUGCUGUUACAUUAUGCAAGAUGAUCAUUUUUAUAGUCUAUUUACCGUCGAAGAAACUAUGAUGCUGGCCACUAGUUUAAAAAUUUCCAGUAAUUGCAUGAGUUUAAAGGAGAAGAAAUUAUUGAUUGAACAGAUAUUGGAUAGAUUGAAAUUGUCCAAUACCAAACAUACACGUUGUGAUCGUUUGUCUGGCGGUCAAAUGAAACGUUUGUCAAUAGCUUUAGAAUUGAUUGAUAAUCCUGCCAUAUUGUUUUUAGAUGAACCCACCACAGGCCUCGACAGUUCCAGCUCAUUUGAUACCAUUCAACUGUUACAGUUAUUGGCCAAUGAGGGACGUACCAUUGUCUGUACUAUCCAUCAACCCUCCAGCAAUAUAUACAAUCUCUUCAAUCAAAUUUAUGUUAUGAGUCGAGGCCACUGCACUUAUCAAGGUAGUCCCGGAAGAACUGUGGACUAUUUGAAAUCAUUGGGUCUUGAGUGUCCGGCUUAUCAUAAUCCAGCUGAUUAUUUAUUGGAAUGCGUUAAUGGUGAUUAUGGUGAUUAUAUCGAUUCUUUGGCUCAAGCGGCUCUAUUACCACAAUGGCGUCAUGAUUACUAUGACGAACAGUCGGUAUCGUCAACUUUACAUAAUGUACAAAUUGUUCGAAUGUCUGAGACAUCGCGACAAUUUGAGAAUAAAAAGAGUUUAUCACUUACGACUGCUGUAAAUAAACAUAUGUAUCCGCCGCCCGAAUGGAUGCGUUUAUGGUUGCUGAUCGGUCGUUGUCAUGUGCAAAUUUUUAGAGAUUGGACUCUCACCCACUUAAAACUUGUGACACAUAUUUUAUGCGCCAUUUUGAUAGGUCUGCUGUUUGGCGAUUCCGGUUCUAAUGCCAAUAAACAAUUUUCGAAUUUUGGUUCCUUUCUGGUGCAUACAUUGUAUCUCUGGUAUACUACCAUAAUGCCUGGCAUUUUGAGAUUUCCACAAGAAAUUUCCAUAAUUAAAAAGGAAUCAUUUAAUAAUUGGUAUAAAUUGAAAACCUUCUAUUUGGCAACUUUAAUAACAUCAACACCGGUGCAUAUACUAUUUUCGAGCAUAUAUAUAACUAUAACAUAUCUAAUGACCGAUCAACCGUUAGAAUUUGAACGUUAUGUUAAAAUGAUAUUGACCGGCAUGAUGAUAACAAUAUGUGCUGAUGGUAUGGGUGUUUUAUUGGGUACACUAUUGAAUCCGGUGAAUGGCACUUUUGUGGGAGCAAUUUUUACUUGUUUUACCUUAAUCUAUUCGGGUUUCUUGAUUCUCCUAACGCACAUGUCCGAUUUUAUGAGACUCAUUUCGUAUACAUCGCCCAUACGUUAUAGUUUGGAAAAUAUGAUUCUGGCCAUGUAUUCAAAUAAUCGUGCCGAUACCAUAUGUCCCGAUAAUGUCUUAUAUUGUCAUUUUAAAAAUGCUGCUACUGUUUUGAAAAGUUUUGGCAUGGAAAAUGGUAAUUUUACUAUGAAUUUAUCGAUAUUGGUGGUACAACUGGUGAUCUAUAAAUGUUGUGCCUAUUUCACACUCAAACGUCAGGUUAAACGUCAAUAAGCACAAAAACACACAGUCUUUAGUUUGAGUUUAGUAAAUAAUAAGAAAAUAAAUAAAAAAACAAAAACAAUGGCUGUUUGGAAUAUGAAUUUUACAAAUUAGUAUUAAAUAAUUUAAGUUAAUUAUAUUUAAAAUAAUAUUUACAUAUAUUCAUAUAUACAUAAUAAUUUGUUUAAUUUAGCAUUGUAUCGUUAAUCAUCUAGUUAUAGAGCAAGGAGUUAUUCAAGAAAAAAAAGAAGUGCUUUAAUUAAGUGCCUAAUUAAAUUAAGCCUUUAAUAUGUAUAUUAUGUACAUAACUACAUUAUGUCAAGUGUCAAUAAGUUCAAAGAAAAACAACAACUAAUUGCCAAGAUCUUAGAAAGAUCCUUAU